AUGAGUAACUUUGCAGAGAGAAAGCCACAUGCAGUGUUAACUCCAUUUCCAGCUCAAGGCCAUAUCAAUGCAUUGUUGAAACUAGCAAAACUACUUCACCUUAGAGGCUUUCACAUAACCUUUGUCAACACUGAGUACAACCAUAAACGCUUGCUCAAAUCAAGAGGUCCAAAAGCCUUCGAAGGUUCAACCGACUUUACCUUUGUGACCAUACCAGAUGGUUUAACUCCAACGGAUGGUGAUGGUGAUGUUACUCAAGAUGUACGCUCUCUUAGCCAAUCAAUAUUGAACAACUUCCAUCACUUCUUUGAUGAACUUCUUGCUAAACUUCAUGAGUCUACCACUUCUGGUCUUAUCCCUCCGGUAACCUGCUUAGUUUCUGAUAGUUUCAUGCCAUUUACGGUAGAUUAUGCUGAACAGCAUGCACUUCCAGUUGCUCUCUUUUCUCCAUGCAGUGCUUGUUUCUUCUUGUCUAAUUAUCACGUUCCAAAAUUGUUUCAAAAUGGUGUACUACCACUCAAAGAUGAGAGUUAUCUAAGUAAUGGAUAUUGGGACACUAAAGUUGAAUGGAUUCCAGGUUUGAAAAACUUUAGAGUGAAGGAUCUUCCUACUUCUAUAAAGACAAGAAAUUCAAAUGACUUGUUGAUAAAAUUUACAGCUGAAAUGACAGUUAUGACUGAAGAGAAACUGUUGGAGUUUGCAUGGGGAUUGGCUAAUAGCAAGAAACCUUUUUUGUGGAUUAUUAGGCCUGAUCUUGUGAUUGGUGGCUCAGUGGUUUUAUCAUCUGAGUUUGUGACAGAAAUUUCAGAUAGAGGCUUGAUAGCAAGUUGGUGUCCACAAGAGAAAGUGUUGAACCAUCCUUCAGUUGGUGGAUUCUUGACUCAUUGUGGAUGGAACUCUACCACUGAAAGUGUUUGUGCUGGAGUGCCAAUGCUUUGUUGGCCAUUUUUUACAGAUCAACCACCAAACAGUAGACUUAUUUGCAAUGAAUGGGAGAUUGGGGUUGAAAUUGAUACUAAUGUAAAGAGAGAAGAGGUUGAGAAAUUAGUGAAUGAAUUAAUGGUGGGAGAGAAAGGAAAGAAGAUGAGGAAAAAGGCUAUGGAGUUGAAGAAGAAGGUAGAGAAAGACACAAGACCGGGUGGUAGUUCAUACAUAAACUUGGACAUGGUGAUUAAGGAUGUCUUGCUUAAACAUUAUUAG